AUGGGGAAAGCAUCCGCGGCAGCGGCAAGUGCGGGGAGGAGGGAUGCGGCGAUGGGAACAGGGAGGGACACGGGAGGGAUCACGGCAACGACUAUCAGCGGUUUCGUCGUGCCGGCAGCAGCACCCGCAGCAGCAGCGGCGGAAACAGGAGCGGCAUUGGAUAUGAACCACCCGCCUCCCCCGCCGCCGCCCACGCCAGCGGCACAAGCAAGGCGAUCGUUCACCACCACCCGUGGGUUCGCUGUUCCUGACUCUCGUGUUGUCGCUGGUGCCAGUUCCGCUGCUGCGGGCCGUGGUGAUUGGCCAGUUACAUCUACUGCCGCGGCGUCGUCCAGCUCUCGAGUUGUCACACCCGCUGCUGUCACUGCCGCCGUGGCAGCCUCGGCUCGAGACACGUGGUUCCUCCCUUCCGCUGCCGCGGCGGCUGCAGCCGCCGCCACGGCUGCUGCGGCGGCGGCAGCAGCGUCAGCCGCUGCUGGCCCUGGCGCAGCGGCAGCGGAGGAAGACGAGGCGGGGAUGGCGAGAGUGGUGGGGUUUUCCGGUAGGUCCAGCGGUAGCUUUCGGUUGGACAGAUCCUCAAGUCGAGAGAGUGGCGGGGCUGUCGCCGCCGGUCUAGCCGCACUGGUAUCGGAGUCGUUAGGUGGUCGCCCGGAAUUCGACUCGAUGGGAGUGGGGUCGCACGUGUUCGCGCAACUAAAUGAGGAGGAGGAUGAUUUGGAGAAAGCGGAAGGGGGAGCGGAAGCAGACGCGGAGGAGGAUGGAACGCAGGCAGUGGGGGCGGAGGAUGACGGGUAUGAGGAGGCGGAGGAGGAUGAGGUGCGGGGGAAGGAGCUGAAGGUCUGUUUCCCGACGUCAGCGCCUAAGAUCUCGUUCGGGCUCGGGUGGAACUUCUGCCGCCUCAACACGCGCGGCGGCACCGUGUCGCGCAGCAGCAAGGCGGACGCAGCGGCGGCUGCGGGCGGCGUAGUGGCGGGCAGCCUGGGCAGCAGCAUGGGGAGCUAUUUCUCCCGCACGGGCAGCAGCCCCUGCUUCCCCUUCCUCCACACGUCCUCCCCCACCACUCUCCCGCCGCUCCCCUCCAUUUAUACCUCCUCACACUCGCUUAAGUCCGCCGCAGCCGCCGUCGUCGCCGCCGGAAGGGCCGCGUCAGCGCCGUCGCUUGCGUCUGCCGCAGCUACCGCAUCCCCUGCCGCUGCGUCUCUCGGGCCUUCCGCGUCUGCCUUGGGUGGGUUCCCUUCCGCGGCGAGCGUUGGUGUGCUGGCAUCCAGCCUGCCUUCCAGGUUCAGCUCUGGGUUCCCCAACCCACCUGCGGCAGCCGCGGCCGUGCCGGGGAAUGACGCGGCCCGUGUCGAUUCUGUUGCGGUGACGCAGGCGGUUCCGUCGCACCCCGUCCUGCCGAGUGCCUCGCCGUUACUUCCGCGUGCGAGCGUGCAUCUGAGCAAGGAGGUGCGAGGUGCGGAGCAGCAGUGGCAGGGCGAGACGGAUGGCCUUGUAUGGGGCCGCAGCAAGCUGAGCAGGGUGGCGGAGGCGGCAGCGAGCGACGCUACAGACCCGGCUGUAGCAGGAGAGGCAACGGACUUGCUGCUGGAGGAGAAGGAAGAAGUAUUUUCAGUGUCAGUAUCUGUAGCAGAAAUCACGAAAGAGACGGUGGUAGAUGAGUUAGACGCAGAGAUCGCCCUACCUGCGCAAGCAGCGGCUGAGGCAGAAUGCGCGCCUGAAGCAGCAACGAGCAUCGUGCCUGAGGAGCCAUGCACCGUGCCUCAAGCUGUGCCUCUGGACUCGGUUGCAGAGCAGCAGUUCGUCUCCACUCUAUCCGCGUUAGAAGACGUCUGGCUUGCGGAGAACGUGUCUCUCGGCCUCGCGUGGCCGCGCAGCCUCGUGUCUCCCGCUCCAUAUACUGACGGAGUCGCCUCGCCCGCGUCUGCCGCCUGCGUUGCGACUACCGCCGCGGUGCCUCCCCCCGUGCUGCAUCUCGUGGGCGCAGUGCAGGACGGGUUGCGCGCGGGCGCGCAGCCCGUGCGCGCGUCGGGGGGGCUGGGCGGAGCAUACAUCUUCCGCGACUCGGCGCAGCGCAACGUGGCGAUCGUGAAACCCACGGACGAGGAGCCGCUCGCGCCCAACAACCCCAACGGCUACGUGGGGCGCGCGCUGGGGCAGCCGGGGCUGAAGCGCAGCAUCCGCGUGGGGGAGGCGGGGCUGCGCGAGGUCGCGGCGUUUUUGCUGGACCACGGGGGGUUCGCGGGGGUGCCCGCGACCGCGCUCGUACUCGCCACGCACCCCGCGUUUCACGUGAACGCGGCUCCCGCAGGGCCCACGAUGACGCCGCGCGCGUCGGGGAAUGCGGGCGGGCUGUCCAGCGCGUUUUCGUUCGGCGUUGGCGCGAGUGGCGCGACGGCGUCUGCCGCUGUGGCGGGCGCGCGGGGCGCAGGAGUGGGAGGGGGAGGGGAAUGGGGGGAUGGCGGAAGCGGCGGGAAUGGGGGCCGUCGAUUGUGCUCGUUGCAGCGGUUUGAGCCGCACGAUUUCGAUGCUAGCGAGCAUGGGACGUCCCGGUUCCCAGUGGCGGCUGUUCACCGUAUAGGCAUCCUCGAUAUCCGCAUGUUCAACACGGAUCGACACUCUGGCAACAUACUGGUGCGGCAGCUGAGCGUGGAGGAGCGCGAGUGGCGGCAGAGCGACCCGCAGCUGCGAGUGGACGAGGCGGUGCACCUGGUGCCCAUCGACCACGGCUUCUGCCUCCCCGAAUCCCUCGAACCCGCCUACUUCGAAUGGCUGCACUGGCCCCAGGCGUCGCUGCCCUUCUCCCCUGAGGAGCUGGAGUACAUAGCGGCGCUGGACGCGGAGCGGGACGUAUCCCUCCUGCGCGCGCACCUCCCGCUGCUGCGCGAGGGGUGCCUGCGCGUGCUCGUGAUCGCCACCACGCUGCUGCAGCGCGCCGCCGCCGCGGGCAUGACGCUCGCGGGGAUAGGCGCGAUGAUGAGCCGCGAGGUGCGCGGACUGGAGGAGCAGCCCAGCGAUCUGGAGCAAGUGUGCGCGGAGGCGCUGGGGGAGAUGAAGCGCGUGCGCAGGGCGCUGGGGGAAGCGGAGGGGGAGGGGGAAGGGGAGGGUGAAGGGUGGUGUAGGGAGAGCGCGGCGAUGGGGGGCGAGGAGGGGGGUAUUCAGGAAGAGGAGGGGGAGGGGGAGGAUGACUUUUCGGAGAGUGAGGAAGAGGAGGGUAUUUUUGGGGUUGAUGGGUUUGGGGAGGAGGAUGGAGAGAUAGGUGCAGUGUUGGAAGGAGAGGAAGGGGAGGAAGGGGAGUGGUCUGAUGAAGAAGCGGAGGAGGAUGUGGAAGGGAUGGGAUGCAGGGACGCGAGCAGUGAGACAGGCAGGGAGGCAGAGCGGGACAGCAGUGCAGGUAAUCCGGGAAAGGAUGAGGGGGCGGAGGAGGUGGGUAGCUAUGUGAUCCCAGAAUCGCUGUUGUGGAAGAAAGGUGCGAGGUGGGGUGAUACAGACUCAGAGGACGAGGAUGAGGAGGAGGAGGAGGCAGAAGAGGAGGGAGAGAACAAGGAAGCCGAGGGUGCAGGGGAGGAUAUUGGGGAAGGGUUUGCGGAUGUCCACGUGGGCGUGGAAGCAGGGGGGUUUGCGGGUAUAGGCGACAGUGUGAGUGGUUACGAGCAGAGUGACUCCGUGACAGCAGGAGAGGAGCAGUUUGAGUUUGACGAGGAGGCUGAGGUGGCGAGUGCAGGGUAUCAGCACCACGGGCAGCGAGACCUGAAGCACCAGCAGCAGCAGCCUGGCCAAUACCCCUUCACUACCUCCGCCUCUCGCUCUCCCAGCAGCGGCAGCACUGAGAGCAACGACUGCGGAGACAGCACCACGAGCAGCAGCAACGGCGCUGGUCUGGGCAUGGGCAGGCGAGAGCAUGGCAGCGAGGCGGAUGACUUCCCCCCAGUGGGCCUGGGCUCUAUGAGCUCCUCCCCUCCGUCCUCCCUUGCCUCCCCGCCCCUUUCUGCCCUUGCACCUGCACCCACUGCUGCACCAGACCUGGAUCCUUCUCCUGCCGCCCAUGUGCUCGCUGCUCGCGACUGCUCUCAUGCAUCUGCCGCAGUGGUGCAUGCUAGUGGGGGCAGUGAGCCGUCUGCAUUCCUGCCUGAGCUGUCGUGCUCCCCCGUGCCUGCAUCAGCCCAGCCUGUCCCUGUGCCCGCCGUGGCCCAUCACUUCAUUGCCAAAUCCACCCGCCUGGGCUCCUCCUACGCCCCUCCUCCCCGCCACCUCGCCCGUCCUCUCUUCCGCAAGCCCAUGGCCGCAGUGCCUCCCCGCAUGCCCAUGGCCGCACUGCCUCCCCGCAUGCCUGCUCAACCCCCACAUGGUGCAGCACUUGGUGUGCCUGCUGCUGCUCCUCUCCACACUGGUUUCAGUGGGGGCGUGGGUGCACCUGGGGCAAGGAGCAGUGGUCUGAGUGGUGCUGCUGGCAGCAACGGCGGCAGCGGAUCGAACUUAAGAAGGGCAGUUGGGCGUUCCAACCUGGGCAGCAGCAGUGUUGGCGUUAGGGGAGAGGGAGGUGAGGAUGUGAGUGGUGAAGGUACAGCAGGUGGUGGGGUUAACCCUGGGAGGCAGCAGAGGCACAGCUCGAAGCAGAGGCGCAGCAGCGGACAUUCCAAGGGCGGAAAGCAGCAGCGGGGACAGGCACAGGGGGGAGUGGCACGGGAUCCGCGUGGGAGUGCGACGGGGGAUGAGCUGAGCGCACAGUUGAUGGAGCUGGGGGAGUUGGGUGUACGGUCAUGGAAUCUGUACAUGGAGGUGCUGCUGGUGCUGCUCGAUGAUCUCAUUCUCAGGAGGAGUGGAGAGUCUGCGUGUCGCUGGGUCAUCCAUCCCGUGCGCUCACCGCUUUUCUUCUUCGUGCGGAGAACCCCCCUACGCGGCGUCGCCAUGGCCGAGCACAACCCCUACGAUUCCGGCAAUCCCGACGGCCCGCCUCCCCCAUACGGCGGUCACCCCUACGCUGCGCCCGGCUACGGCGCGCCUCCGUCCGGGUAUGGCGCUCCGCCUCCGCCCGGCUAUGGCGCUCCCCCUCCCGGCUACGGCGCCCCGCCGCCCGGGUACGGCGCGCCCCCGCCUGGUUACGGGGCGCCCCCCCCUUCCGCCAUAGUGCCCGCGGGGGCGUACUCCAUGGGGUACCCGCCCGCCCCUCCCGGCCCCGAUGGUGCUCCCCCCAAGGCGAGCGUGGCGGGCGACAAGUUCCUGUACGCGUCGUCCAAGUGGAACGACGUGUGGGCCGCCAUUCUCUUCAUCCUGCAAUUCCUGGCGGUGCUGGUGUUCUCGGUGGUGCUGGGCGUGAAGGGCGUGUCGUCCUCGUCCUCCUCACAGCAGCCAGCGCCGGGGCAGACCGUCUACUCCUUCUCCGACUAUGCGCCGCAGUUCGCCGCUGCCGCCGCCACCGGGCUGGUCUUCGCACUCGUGUGGCUGCAGCUCAUCAAACUCAUGCCGCGCAUGAUGGUGCACAUAUCGCUGUGGUUUGGGUUUGUGGCGCCGGUGGCGGUGGCGAUAGUGGUGUUCGUGUACCACACGGCGCCUGCGUGGGUGGGCGUGGUGCUGCUGCUCUCCUCGCUGCUGCAGCUGCUCUACAUCUGGCUCGUGCGACACAGGAUCCCGUUUUCAGCGACGAUUCUGAAGCACGCGGUGCACGUGGUGAACACGUUCCCGUCGGUCAUCUGGGUGGCGUACCUCUUCCUCCUCCUCAGCCUCGUCUGGACUGUCAUCUGGGUCGUGGGGGUCUCAGGCGCCAUGUCGCUGACGAACGCGUUUGCGGUGCUCAUCAUCCUCGUGCUCAGCAACUACUGGACCAUGGAGGUGUUCCGCAACGUGGUGCACACGACAGUGGCGGGCACCACGGCCACCUACUACUUUCUGCGCCACAACAUGCCACCCAACCCCACCGGCCUCGCGCUGCACCGCGCCGCCACCAAGAGCUUCGGCUCCAUCUGCUUCGGCUCGCUGCUCGUUGCGCUCAUCCAAACCCUGCGCUUCAUUGUGGCGGCGCUAGCGAACAACGACGACGGGGGCAACUUCAUAGCGUGCUGUGCGCAGUGCAUCCUGGCGUGCAUUGAGGCCAUCGUCGAGUUCUUCAACAAAUACGCCUACAUCCAGAUCGCAAUGUACGGCAAGACGUUCAUCCGGGCGUCCAAGGACACGUGGGAGCUGUUCAAGGCGCGCGGGGUGGACGUGCUGAUCAACGACGACCUGUCGGGUGGCGUGCUGGGGCUGGGCAUGUUCAUCGGGGGCGUCGUGGCCGCGCUCGUGGGCGGGCUGCUGUCGCUCAACAAGGCUGUGGAGCUGCUCGCGGCUGUUUCCAUCGUCAGCUUCAUUAUUGGCCUCGUCCUCACGGGCAUGACGUUGACGGUGGUGGACAGUGCAGUGGGCACGUUCUACGUGUGCUACGCGGAGGACCCCGCCACGCUGCAGCAGAACGACCCCGUGCUCUACAACAAGGUGCAGGAGCGCGACAGGGAGAUCCGCGACCGCCGCACCCGCCACGACGCCCAGGCCGCUGCUCGGCAGGCUUCCAGGUGA